AUGGCCAACGACUCCAUAUCCUCGCUUGACCCGCUGCUUCUACCAUCCUCGCCACUUGGAGCCCGAUCGACAACCCGACAAAGCAGCGUCAAGCCACGCACUCGCAAUGCGCCCCUCUCAUCACCCGCCAAAUCCUUCAUCGUCGACACGGGCGAAGCAGGAGAGGCGAGUCCAUGGCGCAUCAAAGUCACAGUCCAAGCUGAGCCACGCGAUCCGACACCAGCAAGCAAUGGCAGUCCAGCCAAGCGGAGGGCGACGAGACGAACGACGAAAGUACCGCUGAAGCUUGCGAAAUCGGAAGCAGUGAAGAAUAAAGACACCAGCGAAACAGAAUACACCAAGCCACAACGAAAGCGUAAAGGCACACCCAUCCGACGCCGGACGACACGAUCACAGCCCGCGCAGGAUGAGCCGGCUACAGAGGAGGAUCGUGACGAUGCAUCACUCAUGCCACCUCCGGCAGAGAUACCAACCAGCUCGGCGACCAAAGCACGACGAAGGCGAAGUCUGCUCGAGAUGCCGACACAGCGUGGGAAGCGUCUGAGCCAGGCACGAGAGGAUUUAGAUGUGGCGUUGCAGGAAGCUGUGGGGUAUGAGCUGGACGAGGACAGGGGAGCAGAUGAUCACGACAUGCCCGGCGAUAUGACGCUUGCUGGCGAGGAAGACUUCACGAUGGUGUCGGUGGAGACACUGCAAUCAAUGAAAGCUGAUACUUCUGCCCUCAAUCAUCGUGGGGGAGAGGGUGAUCUGAGCGCGUUGAGUGUGAGCUAUCUGCCUUCCUCGCCACCGAAGCGCGAUGUUGUGGUGGAUGAGGUACAAUACCCGGAUAUUGAGCAUCAGGCCGAUGAUAUCCGCAAGACUCCGGCAAGGAUGAGCUAUGAUGCCAUGAGCUGGAAGCCAACUGGACCUCAGCGCCCUGUGCAGAGCUUGGCAGAGACCGCCGACCCGGGCAGCCAGUCGAACGAGUGGCGUAGGGCGGAGGAGACCAUGAGUCGGCAUAUGGAAGUGCCUGAGCAGUACUCGGCAAUGGCAGAAGAACAAGACGCGAUGGCUGGUGCGGUAGAACGGCUUGAACGCCCUGCUGAGGACUAUCAAGACGAGCUCCCACCCAGUGCAGAAGAAGAAGAUAUCUGGCAAGAGGAAGCUUCACGGUCGCUAGAGGAAGGCUUGUCCGAGGUGAACAGCUUUCAUCAACGACCAUCGCGUAGCAAAAGACAGGUCCAGCCAACAGAAGCAGUCCAGCUCCAACAACAAGUACCAGCAGCAUCGACAACACCCGCCUUGGAAGACUUGUUCACAGGCCAAGUACUCCGCCCACCUCGAGCGAAGAUACCAAGGACAUGGCGCAGGACUUCAGGCGCAGACUUCGCAUACAGUGAUUCACCUGCUCAUAUGCCGCCAGAAGAGCCUGAGCUGGAAGUACAGAAGCACAGACGAGAUGCUUCUACCGAUGGCGGAAGUAGAGCGAGCAGUGGCAUGCUUACGCCGACUAGUACUGAUGACGAGCAAGCGGAGCAAGAGGGAGGUCCGAGCGAGGAGCGGGAUGAUAGUGACAUAUCUCUCACGAGACCUGAUGGCGAAGGUACGAUGAUGGGACCUGGUAUGCACGAAGUUGAGGUUGAGGACGAGGACGAAGACGAUGAUGAUGUUUCUCAUGAGCAGCAACAUGAGCCCGAUCAGGAUGCUCGAUCAUCUUCCGACCGAGAAGAUAUCGCUUCACCAUUCAGCGAGGCAUCAUCCUCCGGCGUCCCGAGCCCAGAUGGCGAAGACACAGGAAUGUUUUGGCAAAGCAAUCCCUCAGCCGUCUACCAGAGGCGGGCGGAGCGACCGCGGCCUGGAGUAAGAAAGAAGGCAGAGGCUGUGAAUCUAUCUGAGUUGCUGCAGAGGAGACGUGAGGAGGCUCGCGUUUUCUUGCAGCCAACGCCACAAGUCCUAGACAUGCCAGGAUCGAAGAUUUCGAGUUGUGGGCGAGUCAAAAGCUUGCCCUCAGAUGCGGGUCGAUCGCUGGCGGUGAGCAGUCCGCUAAAGAAGAGUUUGUUGAGGAGUAGUAAGAUGGGAGGAGGUCCAGGAGGAAGACCCGAAUCAGAAUCAACACGACCGACUGCGAUGGAUGUUGACGCCGAAUUUGAGAAUGCGAGUGGUGAGAUUGUCUUGGACGAAACUAUAGAGGAGAGUUGGCAGAGCAAGGCGAGUGAUCAGCGUCAGCUACUUCACGAGAUGAAUGCGAGACGGUCCACAACGACCGGUUCUAGUGGCUACUUUGCUGGAGAUGACAACGAUGAUACGGUUGAGGAAGAACGUGAGCAGAGUCACCACGAUCAAGCAGUCUGGAGCCACGACGAGAUGCGCCACGAAGGAUCAUACGCAAAGUCGCAGGAUCUAUCCGUCUCCCCCACACGUACCUUCGAACCCAGCGAAAGCUACGAGGAACGUCUGAACAUCGAAUCACCACAGAAGAUUAGAGUCAAAUUCGGUGACUCUGCCAAUUCCUCCUUACUGGCGCCGCGGAGGGAAUAUGCGCCGUUGUUUGGAUCGCAAGGUGCCCAGGCCAGUGGAUCAUCGAAAGAGCAUCUUCGGCAGGAGCAGCAGCAGCACUCGCCGCCGGCAGUAACACUCGUGAGCAAGAGACACACUUUUGCAACGGAGCAUUCCACCGGCAUUCUCUCCCGCCUUAGCACAAAUUUCUGGUCUGCUGUCGUUCGACCUACCGGGCCGACGGAGAUCAUGCCGUCCUUGAAGGCAACAGACACUAUUAUGCCGCAGUCUGCGGCGUCGACAAACCACCAGAUCACCUCAAAGCAGCAAGCAGUACCACAGUUGCGAGCACAACUCCGCUCCCGCUACGGCGUCCUACCCUCCACGCAUCCCUGGACGAUGACCCAUAUGCGCACUCUCCACCGUAUGCUCAACUCCCUCACGAGCGGAAAAUCGGACUCAAUCAUCCCCACUUACUCGCCCAUCCCACGCAACCUCCAAGUCUUCGUCAACAGAACUCAGACCAGCGUGACAGGCCAUAAGUACCUCUUCAGCGCCUCACAUGCAAGGGUUGUAGAUGCUUUCAUGCAAGUCUUGGUUGAUGCGAAGCUGGUGAAGGCGAUGAGGUACGGCGAGGUGGAGGAGCUGGGUGAUAAGACGGCGAGGAGUUAUCGUGGGGAGAUCUUGGGAAGACAUGGGGAUGAUUUGGUGUGGGGUCCCAAGAUCGGGGUCGAGAAGGGAGAGAUCAGAGUGGAGUUCUUGGUGAAGGCGCUGGGUGAUGUCGUCAGGGCUAACGAAGGUUGUUGA